AUGUCCUCCUGGCGCGUCUUGGAGCUCUCUGCACAGCCAGACGGCGAGCCCAUCCCUCAGCUCCUCGUCAAGCCAGCCUUCGGGCCAGACUCAUACACGCUGCAUCUCACGUGCUUGACCAACAUCUGGAGCGAGCAGCUGGACCUCGCAGCCAUCGUACAUCGAGCUACCGUCCAGCAAUCGCCCAUCGAGGUCAGCAAACAGGAUACCGCCCAGCUGAGCAUCCUCCUCGACAACGUCAAGAAGUCGCUAGAAACUUCAGACGACGCCGGCUGUCUGCUCACGCGCGACGGCACCGAUGGAAUCACGCUGCACACCACCAUCCGUCUGCCCGAGCCGCUUGACUCUCUGACCUGGAAGUUCCACCUGCAGAGGCGCUCCUCGGUCACACUCAAGAAUGAGCUGAUCCUCCCACUGCUUGUCUCGUCACACAUCCAGUAUGAGCGCAUCAAUGACCUGAUCACAACAAUCGAAAACAAAGACAAGGCCAUCGCCCGCAUGGUCGAUCAGUUUGAGUCUAGCAAUCUGGAUCUUGCUGCAGCUUUUCCCAGCAUAGGAGCCUUGAAAGCGGGCCGCAAGAUGAUCAAACGUGAGCAAGCAGCCAGGCAUCUUCCCGCUCUCCGACCCUUCCAACAAGAUGUUUGGAGAGAAGAAACAGCACAACUGGCCGACUCGGAAGUCACUACACUAGGCCUCUUUCAGGAAGCGCUCGUGCAGUGCACACCAGACGUACCCUCGAGCCUGGAAGCAGAAGACGGCGCUGAAGAUUGGCUGUCUGCUGUGCCGAGUCGCCUGACGUACGCCAAACCUGCAAUCAAGAUCAGGACCCGGGAGCCUGCGCCCGUUUUCCAGCCCCCAAAGCAUGGCCACGAGUCUAGCCCCGUGGACGACGACACUGAAGAUGAGUUUGAAGUACACGAAAACUUCAAGACACGCAAUCUUCCCAGCAGAGAGCUACCCACAGUGCCUGAGCCCAUGCCUCCUUCAGCUCAGCACAAAGUGAACAUGGAUGAAGAUGAGUCUACCGAAGACGAUGACGACCUGGAUGUACCAUCGAGAAGUCAGAACCAGAAUCAGGAUCAAUCCCACAAUCGCGCGCCCAGGCAGACACAGCAACACAUAAAGUCACCAUCGCCAAAGGCGCCAUCAGAGCCGGCCACGUCUCCACCACCAGUCAGCAGACCCAAGGGGAGAUUCUUUCGCAUAGGAGGGAAAGCAAAAGAGGCCGAGCCCAAGCCUUUGCGACAAGAGGACGAGUCGGGUCCUCGAGACGUAGAAGCCACUCAGUCCUUGGUACCGCCAUUUUCUCAGUUCGGGUCGCAGACUGGAACAUCGCCCAAGAAGCCUAGGAAAGCAUUCAGGAUUGGAGGCAAAUCCAAAGCUAGCCAAGAAGCUGCUUCAUCGCAACUUGACGCCACAGCAACAACGACUCAAUUCAGAAGUGCACACUCCCCAACACCAAAGUCGUCGCCACCACCCAUGCCCUAUAUCCAAAAGGAGGCAACGCCCAGGGAAGAGAUGCCCGAGGAGACGCCAGAGGAGAAGGCUGAGCGAAAGAGAGCUGAACUCAAGCGUCGCAACGGAGAGCUCGCCAAGAAGCAAGCACAGCACAAGAAGAAGAAGCGAUUUUAG